AUUACCCCUUUUAUUUGAAGUUUAUUUGGUGAGUUGGGAUUUAUUGGACUUAUUUCUGUAUUAUUUUAGUUUUGAACAGAGUCAGCCAGGAAAGUGAAUGAUUCCAUGAUCAUCAAAUGAAAAAUGGAGUCUUUUUUUUUUUCAGUAAGAAAUUCUGGAAUCUCAGUUAAGAAGUACUUAAUAUUGAAUUUCCAGUAGUGAAUAUUGACUAUAAAUCAAACCCAGACAUUUUUAAAUCAUACAAAGAACUGAUGGAUGGAGCAUAAACUAGGAAUUUCUGAGGGCUUGUAGAUUUCUAGAAAAGUUUCCUUUUGUGUGGAGCUAAACCCUAGUACCUGGCAUGCCACACCUAAAGGCAGACUCCAGUCCAAGCCAGGGCAGGGCUGGAGAACCAAGGCCUGUUCCUAGCCACUCGCCCCAGGAGAGCAAGCUCGACUCUGUGCUCCCGCGGGGUGCAUUUGCAGGCCAGCCCCACACCUGGUGAGGUCUUCAUAGCGCAGGUGGUCAUGAACCCCGAGAGCCACCGAGCAAGGGCAAUGAUGCUCCAGGCGGCCAGGGGGCUGAAGGCUGACCUGAGGGGCACAGCCACCGGGCCCUGGAGGAGCCUGGCCAGGAUGCCGAAGUCUGAGGGGAUGGGCUCAGAGGCUGCAACUGCAGGACAUGAAUGCUUACUGCUGGUUGAGAGAAGCUUUCAGAAUUCUGCUAAAAGCAAUAAUUUGGCUCUUAUGGAGAAGCUGUUUGAAAGGAAGGUUAACAUUAAUGCCAUGAACAAUAUGAACCACACAGCCCUGCACUUUGCAGUGGCGAGGAGUCAUUUAUCUGCGGUGGAUUUCUUACUGAGUCGCAAAGCCAGGGUGGAUGUUGCCGACAAGCACAGUCUGACAGUAAUUCACCUGUCAGCCUGGUCUGGAAACUUCGAGAUCAUGCUCAUGCUAGUUAAAGCUGGAGCAGACCAGAGAGCCAAGAGCCAGGAAGGAAUGAAUGCUCUCCACUUCGCAGCUCAGAACAAUAACCUGCACAUUGUGGAUUACCUCAUUCAAGACUUGCACCUUGCAGGACCUGAACCAGUCCAACGAGGAAGAAAACCAUGUCUUUUGGCAGCUGAGAGGGGCCAUGUUGAAAUGAUUGAAAAACUUAUCUUCCUUAAUCUGCAUACUUCAGAAAAGGAUGAAGAAGGGAGCACUGCCUUGCGUCGGGUUGCUAUGCAAGGCCACGGUCCAGCCGUGCAGGUACUACUAACUCAGUGGCCGGAAGUAAAUGCGACCAAUGAGUUUAAUCUCCAAAGCCUCACGAUGGCAAGGCAGAAUGGCCACACAUCCCUUGUCAACUUUCUUCUCGGUGAGAAUGCUGAUUGGCAGCAGAAGAAGGAACCCAAGGAGUCACCUCUUCACUUAGCAGUUAUCAACAACCACCCUACAGUUGUAAACAUCCUAUUAAGUGCUCAGCAUGAUGUCGACAUCUUAGAUCAGAGGCAACAGACUCCUCUGCACGUGGCUGCUGAUCUUGGAAAUGUGGAGUUGGUGGAGACACUGCUGAAGGCCGGCUGUGACCUGAAAGUCACUGACAUGUGAGGAAAGACUGCCCUGGCCGUGGCUGCCAGGAGCCACCACAGCCUCAUCGUGGAUAUGCUCAUUAAAGCCGAGAGGUAUUAUGACCAGAGAGAGGAGUACCACGAGAACAUCCAGGACUCAGUAGCAAGCUCGACACUGACCUUCAAGCAGGACCACAGUCUGGAGACCAGGCGCAUCUGCACACUCCUCUGGAACCUGGCCUACAGACAUCUGAAGGCUAAGGACUGGCAGAGGCUGGCCUGCUUUUGGAGCUUUACGGAGGACCAGAUCAGAGUCAUCGAGGAACAGUGGUCAGGUAACCAGAGCUUCUGUGAGCACGGCUACAGGGGCUCUGCUCAUCCGGCUACAGGGCUCUGCUCAUCUGGCUGCACGGGGCUCUGCUCAUCCGGCUACAGGGCUCUGCUCAUCCGGCUGCACGGGGCUCUGAUGACACAACCUGACUCUGCCAAGCAGCUCUACGAGGAGCUGGCGCAUGCAGGAUUCCCAGAAUCAGCCGAAAAGAUUCGUCAGUUCAAAGGUAAAACUGCAAGCUCCAAGAAAUGUGCACUUUCCUAAGCUGAAGAAUCGACUCAAACGCUUGCCCGCUCCUCAUGCAGUUUGCUAACUUUGGUUCCUGAGGGUCACAGCCGUCUCCCGGCAGAUGCUGCUCCUCCAGGGAUGGAGUGAACACACCCGCUUCCUCCGGCUCCAGCCUCACACUGGCCUUUGUCUUUUUCUUGAGACAAAAUGCUGACUUUCCCAGUUCUGUCUUUUGAUGGACAUGUGGAACAGCAUAGCUAGAAGGGUUCUGGACCUGCUUAAAACCCAGACUGAUGGCAGGAGCAGCAUGGCGCUGCACAUGGGAAUGCAAGGGCGUGGAGAUCUGGCUUUGGAAUUGGAUUCUUGGCUGUGAGCGGUGUGCAUGUGACAUUCUCAGAUCUUUGGCUUCCUUUUCUGGUAGAUAGAAUGUUUCCUCCAGAGACUGGGGUAAAGAUGAAGGGAAAACACCAUGAAUCCCUGACCUCAAGGUGGGAUACAAGUGGGAUGCAGUCAUCAACUCUUAUUUUUGUAAAGAAACUGCAUUUGGAAAUUCAGUCACUGCUGGCUUUAUACCAAACAAGUGAAUCUAUUAUUCAGAAAAAAAAAAAAAACCAGACAUACAACAGUGAUUUUUAAACCCUUCAUAAUCUAAAUAUGGAUAAUUUUAAUUCUUUGUAUUUUCUGGUACAUUCAAUUUUGUUCACAACAAACACUACCUUCUGUAACCUGAGAAAGUUACAAAAGGUAUCAGUUCUCAUCAUUGUUUACUAAUUCUGACUUAGUCUGGGAAAGCUGAUAAGACAAUCACGAGCAAUAAUUCUAUCAUUAAUUUACAGUUUCAAAUAUUUUUCUUACAUUGAUUGUAAAUGGCCCACGUAAUACUAGGAAUGUUUAAAACAGGCAAUAUAUUCACAAAAUUCCAGAAUUUAAAAAGUCCCAUCUCAGUCUGUUCUUCAGUUUGGCCAUACUAAUGACCUUGCUAGCAUACCUCCCACAACUUAACCUCUGUAUGUAAAAUAAGUACAAAUGCAUACUUACUAUAGAGUGUUUCCAUCAAA